AGCCUAAAAACUAGGAUGCAGCAGUUUAUCGUGGCAUUAUAUUUAAAACAUUUACAUAUCCGAAAUAUAACCAGAUAUAUCAAUGUAAAUUUACCAUCCCACACAAUACAUUAGUGUUGUUUUUUUCCCCCAGAAAUCAAGUGCUAUUCCUUCCUCGGCUUUAGCCAAUUUCGGUCACGUCACGUGACUCACUACCAGCAGCUACCUUGAGCUAUAGAGACAGAAGAGCAAGGCUGAGCAGGAUGGCUGUGGCUCCCCCCAGUUCAAGUUUUGUUGCUUUUCCACCUGCUGCGGAAGCUGGUCGUGUUGUCUUUGGGAAAAACUCCACAAGGCCGAGAGGUGAAGUCCAGGAGGUGAUGUACUUUCCAUGUGCUGAGUAUGAGCCUGGAGAUCAGGUUGAGUGCACUUACAUUACAAUUAAUCAAGCUGAAAGGACUCACGCUGUUGUCCUAAGCAGACCUGCCUGGUUGUGGGGGGCUGAAAUGGGAGCCAAUGAGCAUGGUGUCUGCAUUGCUAAUGCAGCUGUUGUAACAAAGGAGCCUGGUGUCCGGACAGAAGCCUUGCUUGGGAUGGAUCUUGUCAGACUUGGAUUAGAAAGAGGAUCAACAGCCAAAGUUGCCUUAGACACCAUAGUGUCCCUUCUGGAAGAGCACGGUCAAGGUGGAAACUAUUCCGAGGAUGGGAACGCCUAUCAAGCCUUCCAUAGUGCUUUUCUGAUUGCUGACAGAGAGGAAGGCUGGGUGCUGGAGACUGUUGGGAAAUACUGGGCUGCAGAGAGAAUCACGGAAGGAUUUAAGGGCCUUUGCCGGCACUUGUCUAUAACUACAAACAUUGAUGCAGAGCAUCCUGAGCUUAGACUUUAUGCACAGGAACAGGGGUGGUGGAGUGAGGGACAGGAGUUCAAUUUUUCUGAAGUUUUCUCAUCACCAGAUGAGGAAAGUAGCCCCUGUGCUGACAAGGAAUUCCUUGGAAAUCAAGAGGGAGGCCUGACAGUGCAGACAGUGAUUGAUGCCCUUCGAGACAAGGAUACUGGUGUGUGUGUGGACUCGGAGUCUCUCCUCACCACAGCCAGCAUGGUGUCGGUCCUGCCUCAGAACGUUGUCUCCCCGUGUGUUCACUUCUUCACUGCCACGCCUGACACAGCAAGGUCCAUAUUCAAGCCUUUUGUCUUUGUUGACAAUGUGAAGCUAGUGCCUCAAGCACAAUCCCCCUGCUUUGGGGAGGGGGACCCAGUAAAGACACAGCCUCGCUUUGAAAGCAAAGUUGACCGCAGACAUGAGUUAUACAAAGCCCAUGAGUGGGCUCUGACAGUAACUGAUACUGAAGAGGAGCCAGGUCAGAAGCUCAAAGAGACCAUGCUAGAUCUGGAGAAGCAAGGCCUGCAGGCGAUGGAAGACAUGCUGCUCAGCACAGAGCCUCUAGACCCUGCUGAGGUAGCUGACCUCUUCUACGACUGUGUUGACACAGAAAUCAAAUUCUACAGAGAGGUGUGCCCUUUUAAACACAACCAGUGAAUAACAAUCUGCAUAAAGGUGGGUAUGUAAACAUGUAGUUCCAGUGCAUCUUAUACUGUACAUAAAACAGUUCCUGAAUGUGACAUUUUUGUGAUUUAUAAUUGUAAUUAUAAUACACUCCCAGCGAUAAUUUCCUAUAAUUUUUGGUGUUUUACAGUCUUGUUAUACACGAUGGUGGGGCAACCUGUCUAUAAUAUGAUUAGGUGGUGGCUCAAGACCUUUGUUCAAUAAGAUUGCCUGUGUAUAAUAAGGUUGGUAAUAAAACUGCUAAGCUCAAUUUUCAUCACCAGUACAUGAAAUCAUCCAACGCCAACCAAAAAUGGCCUAGAGAAUGUUCUACUCUGAUUAUUACUAAUAGUGUUGUACGAAAAAAUAAGCAUUUCAGUUAUAUUUGUAAAGAAUAUAUGCAAAAGGAGGAAAAUCAGGUUGCCAAAAUUUAAAACUAAAAGCAUAACAUGCUUUCCUAUAGCAAUUCAUUUUAUGUUUUUCAUUGCAUUUUGUGUAUUAUCUAUUGAAGCCUAAUGAAGAAGGGAAAGCUACAUCAAAAUUAAGUGUAGUCCGCCAUGAUCAGUCUCUUCAGCAACGUUAGUUUAUUAUUGAACAGGGAUUAGUUCAGAGAUUGUAGCUCAUACCAGA